AUGGACGUUGCUGAGAACCUGGUGGAGGCUGGUGUGGCAGCUACGCCCACAGCAGUUUGUGUAGAGCUGGGUGAUGACACCGUCCCUGCCAGCGCUGUGAUUGAGAUCUUGCGGCACCGGAGGAGGACAUACGGCAAGUCUACCAGGGUGUUGCAGGAAUCUCAGGCAACCUUUGAAAGCGCUGUGGAGAAGUACAAGGAGGAGGACGGACAACAGGACCUGUGCCUGUUCAAAUUGAAACUCAAAAGGUCUUUGCCGCCAUGGAACUCCAGCCGAAAAGAAAAGCAAGAAAAAGAACACAAAGAAGCAAAGCAAGCAGAUGUCGUUUGGAUGCCCUUGCGCGCAGAUCCCGUUGGAAGCCCGCAGAGCCCGUUUUGGAUCCGGGCCGUGGACGGUUCAGAAAGGAGCCCAGAGGACGGACGUGAGUCGAGGUCUGCGCCGGCUGCACCGGCUGCGCCGGCUGCGCAUGCUCACCUAGGCGUGAUACUUGCUGCGCUGCCUUCACUGCCUGCGUAUGCACAAGGUGCCGAUGAACUUGGAGAAGGCGGCUAUGUGAAAUGGGGUCUGGAACAGCAAAUCUUCGCCGCCGUGUUCUUUGUGAUUUUUCCGUUCGGUGUGCUUUAUCUUCUCUUCUCCGGUCGAUUUGGAUGGUGGAACUAUGGCCUUGACGGUAAAGAACUGACCGCAGAGGAGUACAAGAAGGCCAACAAAGUGGACAAACCCACCUGGGGCCGUUUCCCAUGGGAGUUAGAGGGUGCCUUUGGCCAUGCCACGUUGAUGUCGGAAUUUCUCGCUGAUCGCAGGCCUCAACGAAGGUGGCCGAGUUUUAUGCGCCCAGCCAAGUGCGAUCCUGGAAAAGCAGCAAAUUACCGAAGAAACGGGAGAAAGUGGCGGAACUGGCCGGUCCCUCUGCUUUAUGGUUGCUGCCUAUUCUUGAUGAGGGCCAAAGAGAAG